ACGACUCAAUGCUACGGGCGGCUUACAACUUGUCACAUGCACAGCAAGCAUACCUUGACAAUCCAGAUCCUUGUGCUAGUCUCACAUCCUUUUCGAAAGGCCCAUCAGCUAGUAUCUGUCUUCAUUUUUGGGGUUGGACGGAGAACAAAGGGACAGUCGAUCAAUCAUGCUCUUGUGGCGCUCUGUUGCAAGCAGUGCACUUGCGAAAACAAAUGAGUGGCGUCGAUUGUUCACUUGAAGCAACUCAACGACGUCUUGAAGCAUUUUUCAACCCCUUUGGAUUCUGGGUCUUUCCAGGAGCAAGUGCUGAAGACGCGACUUGUCCAGUUCCGCCCAGUUCUGAGUCGAAGAGGGAUCCUGGCCGCUGCUCAACGGUGGGUACAUGGUCGUGGGAUGGAGUUUGCCCACGAGAAGAUCCUCCAUCUCCAUUGCAGCGAGAUUAGCUGCUCUUCCGUCAGCCUUAGACAGUGAAAGUCAUUCAAUGUCAAUGACUUGUCCUUUCUGGUCUUUUAACUGGUUGUGCUCUUGAUCAUCGCAAUGAGCUAGCUGAUCCACUAUAGCUUUACGUACA